AUGGCUCCUUGCUCCUCGAACCCUUGCUGCGUGCAGGACACCGCCAAAGACGGCAUCAAAUUGAGAAAGCCCAUGGUGGAGAAACUGCGGCGAGAUCGCAUCAACACCUGCAUCGAGCAGCUCAAGAACAUCUUGGAGAAAGAGUUCCGCCAACAAGAGCCCAACUCCAAGCUGGAGAAAGCAGACAUCCUGGAGAUGACCGUCAGCUUCCUGAGGCAGCAGCUGCACAAGCGGCAUCAUCAUCAGCAUCAUCAGUCCACCUCCAGCAGCGAUGACGGCGACUUCAGCCGAAGCAAAUCUCACUGCCGGAGGGACUCUUUGCACUUCCUCUCUGCACAGCAGCAGAUGAUCCAGAAAAGCUCCUAUCCAGUGUGCUCCCCCAGCAGAGGAACCAGGCUGCAGGAGAGCGGCGUGUGGAGGCCUUGGUAG